CUCAUUUACGUGUAGUCUACACUACAAGCGUAACACAACACAGACACGCAAUGCUGGUAAAUAUUCAGUACCUUCACGGGACGACUGCUAUUUUUUCUUUACGUUGGUCGGGUUUUCUGUCAGAGUCAUACCAGGGAAGUACGUGAGGAGUAUCCCUGAGUAUACUGAGCGACUGGAUAUCGUCUUGGGAUGUCCCAGUGACGUACUAGGUAAACCCGGUGUACACAGAAGGUCAAUUUCGUCGUUGCGACGACUGUCGUUAUUAUACACUUACAUCAUGUUGCGGUGUUUGUUUGUCCGGCUUUGUGGUCACCAUUGCUGCGAUCUUUCACCUCUGUUCUGGGUGUAGUCUCACUGGUUUAUGGACGAAGCAGACAUUUCUAGAACGGGCGUCACAGGCUGAUAUCAUUGUCAACGGUGUAGUGACAAACCUGUAUCCAAUACCAGAACAUCCGACUUCGUUCCCCGACGCGUACGUGGCGGAGUUUGAGAUAUUGUGUAUUUUCAGAGACCCCCGUGUCAAAUGUCCCGAACGGGAGCCGUACCAGGUGGGCACAUGUGUGGAGGAGUGUUCACGUGACAAUAACUGCAGUGAUAACAUGUUGUGUUGCUCCAAUGGAUGCGGUCAUACGUGUCAACCAUUUGAAACAGAUACAGAUUUGGGAAAGUAUGUAAAUGUGACAUAUAUGGGGAUGUUGCAUUCUUGUUCGGCGACCACAGUGGACAUACAUUAUGAAUACAUUAUGUUAUUAACAAUGAACGAUGCUGGGGAGUUAGAACCAGAUGAAAUCAACUUACAGACAGCUGCAUUCGUUGCUGACGAGGAACACUGGCGUGACUUAGGAGUGCUUUGUAACAUUGCUACAACGCCCCCAAUUGGAGAGCGAACCUGCGACGAGAAAGUAGAAUCCCGGCAGAUCCAAGUCGUGGAUGGAUGUUACAUGUAUUCAGGCAGUGUGUCGACUUAUGUUGGUCGUAUUAUUGUCGCUUCCCUGUUAUUGUUCGUCAUACAAAGCAGCAUGGUUUUUUUUUAACUAAACAUUGCUUGAAUAUUGCAUAUUGUAAAUAGUAUUUUAAUGUGUACAUAUCUUGUAAAUACUUUUACUCAGAGAGUAGCGCAACGGCGUGCGCAGGUUAGUUGGUGUCUAGGGUGUUCUUCUCACCGACUGGAUGGAAACUGAUCUGCUUCGUUCGGCGCAUUUCCUGAUUGUUCGCCAUGGGAUUGAGAUAUUCACACCUACUGUCACUCAGUUCUUCAGUCAAGGCACUUAGUAGUAAGUUGAAUGACAACAUUAUGUGAUUAAGUCAGUGUCUCGAUUAUUUGACUGAACACAGUGCAUGUCUAUGACAUUCCAUAGUGAAUUUAUGCAAUGCAUUAUACACAUAUGUUCAUUAAUAUGGUUUGAUUUGUUUGUUUGUACAUUCACUGCUCCACUGUAAGAUAUAAAUAGCCAUCUUAACAUAUUAUAACACAGAGCAACAUAUCUAGAUUUUAUUCAAUAUUUUGUGGAUCAAAUUUAGUCUAUAUUAACUAUAUUUUUUAUUAUCUGGAUUUUAAUUAUUCAUCUAUAGCAGUUAAGAAUUAAUAUAAUGUACACUAUGGUUAAUGGGUUAAUUUUAACUUUGUGUCCCGUGACGAACUGAAUAUCACAGUCUGUUUAACUGACGUAGCUUAUAUGCUGUACGUGUUUUUUUU